AUGCAUGGAUUUAUUGAACUAAUUUUAAACAGUACUUUAUUGUGGAUAUUUUUACAAACUAUCUGGAGUGCUUUGAUAAGUGUUUUUUAUCAUUUCUGUAUACCAUGGAUUGUUUGGGGUACUAUUGUUAUUACAUUUGGAUUAAAAUUAGCCAGAAUUCCACAGCCAAGUAUACAGAUUAAACAUGAAGUGCUUGGUGUGAAUCUCCUCUCACCAAAAAAAGAUAGUAAUAUAUCCAAGGAUCAUGGUAAUGGAGAGCAGUUUUGCAUGCGAGUGGUGGCUCAUCGUGGUGGAGCAUAUGAUUGUCCUGAGAACAGCUUAACAGCCUUUCGUAAUAGCAAAGAUAAAGGCUGCAAAGGAGUUGAACUUGAUUUACAUCUUACAAAAGAUGAUGUACCCAUAGUAUUUCAUGAUACAACAAUUGAUAGAAUUACUGGAAAAAGUGGAAUUAUUAAGGAUAUGACAUGGGAUCAAUUGAAAGAAUUGGAUAUCACCCACAGUCACCCACUUAAGGAAAAAUUUGUUGAUGGUGAAAAAAUUCCAUCAUUUGAUGAUGUCUUAGAAGUAUGUUUAAAGAAUGAACAAAGAAUAAUUAUAGAUGUAAAGGAAACAAGAGUAGAAGUUGUACAAGUAAUUUUAGACACAUACAGAAAGUAUCCAAAAUUAUUUCAAAGGGGAAUCGUAUCCAGUUUUAAUCCUAUUAUUAUAUAUAUGCUUAGAAGAAAGGAACCCAGAAUUGUUUCAAGUCUAGCAUGGUGGCCGUAUUAUUUUUCAAGAAUGUCAUACUUAGCUUUCGACGGACCAGGACCAGUUCGAUUUAACAAUCUGUUUAAACAUAUGGCGGUUGGUUUAUUCGAUCAUGUUUAUGAGUGGGCAUUUCAUCAUUUUGUAUACUAUCUUACUGGUGUUUCGGUUGUAUUAUUGCAUAAAGAUACGAUAAACCCGUAUGUCGUACAAACGUGGCAUAAUCGUGGUGUGCGUGUAAUGGCAUGGACGGUAAACUUACCAUCAGAGAAAGUACAUUUCUCACGACACCUUAAAAUUACUUAUUUAACAGAUACAUUAUUACAUGAAAAAGACAUGUAGUACCAUAUGUAUUUUAUAUAGUAUAAGUGAGUGUAUUCUAUUGGCAUACAAAUCAAUUACUUUAAAUA